CAUGUCGAGGGAUGCUGUGCGGGUUCGGGGCGGUGUGCGAGAGGAGUUCCACCGACCCCUCCCAGGCCUCCUGUGUCUGCAAGAAGACAGCUUGCCCCGUCGUGGUGGCUCCUGUCUGUGGUUCCGAUUACUCCACCUACAGCAACGAGUGUGAGCUGGAGAAGGCCCAGUGCAACCAGCAGCGGCGGAUCAAAGUCAUCAGCAAGGGACCGUGUGGCUCCAAGGACCCUUGCGCAGAGGUGACCUGCAGCUUCGGCAGCACGUGCGUCCGCUCCGCUGACGGCCAGUCGGCCAAGUGUGCCUGCCCGUCGUCCUGCAGCGGCGUGCCCGAGAGCACGGUGUGUGGCAGCGACGGCAAAGACUACCGCAGCGAGUGCCACCUCAACAAGCACGCCUGCGACAAGCAGGAGAACGUUUUUAAGAAGUUUGAUGGCGCCUGUGACCCCUGUAAAGGCGUCCUCAGCGACAUGAGUAGUGUUUGCCGGGUGAACCCCCGCACCCGAAGGGUGGACCUGCUCUCCCGCCCCGAGAACUGUCCCUCGAAGAGGGAGCCUGUGUGCGGCGACGACGGGGUGACUUACGACAACGAGUGCGUGAUGGGGCGCUCGGGGGCCAUCCGAGGACUGGAGAUCCAGAAGGUGCGUUCAGGGCAGUGCCAGCAUCAGGACAAGUGCAAGGACGAGUGCAAGUUCAACGCCGUCUGCCUGAACCGCCGCGGCACCGCUCGCUGCUCCUGUGACCGCAUCGCCUGCGAUGGUGCCUACCGCCCCGUCUGCGCCCGGGACAGCCGCACCUACAGCAACGACUGCGAGCGCCAGAAAGCCGAGUGCCACCAGAAGGCUGCCAUCCCAGUAAAGCACAGUGGACCCUGUGACCUGGGCACCCCCAGCCCGUGCCUGAGCGUGGAGUGCACCUUCGGGGCCACAUGCGUGGUGAAGAACCAGGAGGCUGUGUGUGAGUGUCAGCAAGUGUGCCAGGGCCGCUACGACCCCGUCUGCGGCAGUGACAACCGCACCUACGGCAACCCCUGCGAGCUCGACUCCAUGGCCUGUGUCCUCAAGAGGGAGAUCAGAGUGAAACACAAGGGACCCUGCGACCGUUGCGGCAAGUGCCAGUUCGGGGCCAUCUGCGAGGCGGAGACGGGAAGGUGCGUGUGCCCCACGGAGUGCGUUCCCUCUUCCCAGCCCGUGUGCGGCACAGAUGGCAACACGUACGGCAGCGAGUGCGAGCUCCACGUCCGGGCGUGCACGCAGCAGACGAACAUUUUGGUGGCUGCCCAAGGAGACUGCAAGUCCUGCGGCAGCACGGUGUGCUCCUUCGGCAGCAGGUGUGUGGGUGGGCAGUGCGUGUGCCCGCGCUGCGAGAGGCAGCCCCUCGCUCGGGUGUGCGGGAGCGACGGGCUCACCUACCACAGCCCCUGCGAACUGCGAGCAGCCUCCUGCCAGCAGCAGAAGAGCAUCGAGGUGGCCAGGAUGGGGCCGUGCGAGGAUGAGUGCGGCUCAGGGGGCUCGGGCUCCGGCGACGGUAGUGAGUGUGAACAGGACCGGUGCCAGCAGUUCGGGGGCUGGUGGGAUGAGGAUGCAGAGGAUGACCGCUGUGUGUGUGACUUCACCUGCCUGGCAGUGCCGCGCAACCCGGUGUGUGGCUCUGAUGGUGUGACCUACACCAACGAGUGUGAGCUGAAGAAGACACGGUGUGAAAAACGCCAGGAUCUCUAUGUCACUAGCCAAGGAGCCUGCCGUGCCCUUGCCACAACCCCGCCACCCCUCCUGGUUGUGCACUGCAGCCAGACCAUCUAUGGAUGCUGCCCGGACAACAUGACCUUGGCGCUUGGAGUGGGGGCAGCUGGAUGCCCAAGCACGUGCCAGUGCAAUCCCUAUGGCUCCUACGGCGGAGCCUGCGACCCCGCGACGGGGCAGUGCUCCUGCAAGCCAGGCGUGGGGGGCCUGAAGUGCGACCGCUGCGAGCCCGGCUUCUGGAAUUUCCGCGGCAUCGUCACCGACAGCAAGAGUGGCUGCACGCCCUGUACCUGCGACCCGGUGGGUUCAGUGCGUGAUGACUGUGAGCAGAUGACUGGACUGUGCUCUUGCAAGACUGGUAUCACUGGCAUGAAAUGCAACCAGUGCCCCAACGGCAGCAAGCUGGGCAUGACAGGCUGUGAGAAAGACCCAUCAGCCCCAAAAUCCUGCGAGGAAAUGAGCUGCGAGUUCGGGGCCUCGUGUGUGGAAGUCAAUGGCUUUGCCCACUGCGAGUGCCCGUCCCCGCUCUGCUCGGAGGCCAACAUGACCAAGGUGUGUGGCUCUGAUGGUGUCACUUACGGGGACCAGUGCCAGCUGAAGACCAUCGCCUGUCGGCAGGGACAGGUCAUCACGGUGAAGCAUGUGGGGCAGUGCCACGAGUCCAUCACUCACACAAGCCACACCUCACCACCCACACCGCUGCCCACACUGCCCUUGGACAAGUUAAUCCUUCCUCCACCACUGCGACUCACCACGAUGGCUCCAGAACCCACUGAGCUGGCUACCAGCUCCUUGCUGUUGGAAGCCAAGCCUACUGAAAGAGGUCACCCUACAACAAGGCGCAUCACGACUGCUAGACCAGCCACUACACCGUGGAUGACCCAUGGGGUGUAUAAGACCACCGUCCGCCCUCUCUCCACCGCACCAGUGGUCCUGGCCACGACCCAGCCUGCUUACGUUGAGUCAGGCAGUGCAGAAGGCAGUGGAGACCAAGAGAUGGGCAUCAGUGGAGACCAGGAAUCUAGUGGGGCAGGCUCUGCUG